UUUCACAUGACUGCUUUUGCUAGAAGGAAAGCCAUAUACACAUCUAAGUAAAAACCGCUGUGUGUCAGUGUGUCUGUCUGUCUCGGGCUGUUGUCGACCAAUCAGUCAUAAGCUAGCAACUAUACACCACUAAACUAAAAGAUAUCAACAGUAGCACCACCACCGACUCAUUUUUACUCCAGUCUUGUUCGGAGUACUAGCUUUUUCUAUUAGCCUUCUUCUUGCAUUUUUUCAAAUAUGUUUUCUCAAAGUUUUACUAAAAUGUUCAGCGGGGGUGAUGGUGGUGGCUCCAGUAUAUUCAACAUGGGCGGUGGACAGUUUAAUAUUGACUUUGGUGACUCUGGCCUGGGGGGUUUUAAGAUACCUAUACAACUACCUGGCCAAAAGGGCGGCGAAGGAAUUAGUAUCCGAUUACCUGGGAAAGGUGGUGGACAUAACAGCGUAAUUGGAAGGUCGUCCAGGAAACAAAGAGAAAACCCCUUUGCCAGUAUGGAACAACAGAACUAUGACGAGAUAGUCAAAAAAUGCCAAGAAGAAGGUAUUCUGUUUGAAGAUCCGGAAUUUCCAGCCGAUAAUUCUUCCCUUUUCUUGGAAGGUGGACAAAGACGUACCAUCGAAUGGAAGAGACCGAAGGAAAUCUGUGAAGACCCAAAAUUCUUUGUUGGCGGUGCCUCCCGAUUUGAUGUAAAACAAGGAGAACUUGGUGACUGUUGGUUGUUGGCGGCUGUUGCCUCUCUCACCAUUGAUCAGAAAUUACUGUUUAGAGUUGUGCCACUUGGUCAAAACUUUCAGGAAAACUAUACUGGCUGCUUCCGCUUCCGUUUCUGGCAUCAAGGAGACUGGGUGGAUGUCGUCGUUGAUGACAGGAUCCCAACUUCUUACGGACAGUUGAUUUACAUGCAUUCUGCUGACAAGAAUGAGUUCUGGAGCGCUUUGUUGGAAAAGGCUUAUGCCAAGCUUAAUGGUUGCUAUGAAGCCCUUAAGGGUGGAAAUAGCUCUGAAGCUAUGGAAGAUUUCACUGGAGGUGUUACAGAAAUGUUUGACCUCAGAGAAUCACAAGAUAAACUGUUCCAAAUCAUGUUGAAAGCUUUCCAGAGAUCUUCUCUCAUGGGAUGUUCUAUUGAUGCUGAUCCAAGCCAGUUAGAAGCCAAACUAUCGAAUGGACUUAUUUGUGGCCAUGCCUACAGUAUCACAUGUUGCAAAUUUGCUGAGAUUCCUAGCUAUGUUGAAAUUGAAACUCCAAGAAAGAAAGGCAAGAUACCAAUGGUGAGAAUCCGUAACCCAUGGGGUGAAAGUGAAUGGAAUGGCGCAUGGAGUGACCAGUCUGAAGAAUGGAAAUUUAUCAGUCAAGCUGAAAGAAAUGAAAUUGGUUUGGUGUACGAAGAUGAUGGAGAAUUUUGGAUGUCAUUCCAAGAUUUUGUAUCCAAUUUCCAAAAACUUGAAAUCUGUAACUUGGCUCCUGAUUCUCUGGAUGAAGAUGAGUUGAAUGCCAGAUCAAAGAAACGCUGGGAAUCUACCUGUGAAUCUGGCUCAUGGGUAAAGAGAGUGAGUGCUGGCGGUUGCAGAAACUAUCUUGAUACAUUUUGGACCAACCCUCAGUUUAAGGUCAGCCUCACCGAUCCUGAUGAUGAUGAUGAUGACAAUAUGUGUACUUUGUUGAUUGCUGUACUUCAGAAGGACAGACGUAAAAACAAGAAGCAGGGCAUUGAAAUGCUAACCAUUGGUUACAUGAUUUACAAGCUGAGUGAUGAUGCCAUGGGUGGGAUACAAGAUAUGAACUUUUUCAAGUAUCAUCCAUCAUGUGGUAAAUCUGCUUCCUUUAUCAAUAUGCGUGAGAUUUGUGGUCGACAUAAGCUUGACCCGGGUAAUUACGUAGUCGUACCUUCUACAUUUGAACCAAACUGUGAAGGAGAUUUCCUUGUAAGAGUCUUUACUGAGAAGGAGUCAACAGGAGGACUCUUGGAUGAAGAGACAGGGUUUGAUGACAAUCAGUUGGAAAUGAUAAGUAUAUGUCGACUUCAAGCUCAACCACCCCAAUGUAGCCCCUCCAAAGGCAGCUCUUUUGUGACAGAGAGAGCUACAUCCAGACAACAAGGAAUUGCUUUCCAAGCAAUAGUACCAAGUCAUACUGCACGACCCGCAGUUGUGGGACCGAAGCCAGCUGAAGGUGAAGCUGCUGCUGCUGCUGGUAGCCAGAUGACUUUCAAUGAGGCCACGGAUGAAGAAAAGGAACAAGGAGAAGCACUGAGAAGCAAAUUUAUGGAAAUUGCAGGAGAGGAUAUGGAAAUUAAUUCCUAUGAACUCAGAGAUGUCCUGAAUACCGUCUUCAAAAGCGGCUCAUUUGUUGAGUUUCAGUUUGAAGGUUUCGGAAUUGAGGCUUGUCGUAGCAUGGUUGCAAUGCACGAUGGUGACAUGUCUGGAAAACUGGGAUUUGUGGAAUUCAAAACUCUUUGGAAAGAUCUUCGCAGAUGGAAGUCUGUUUUCAAAGACUUUGAUGCAGAUAAAAGUGGAAAUCUGAAUUCUCAUGAACUCCGUAACGCACUGCACAGUGCUGGAUUUAGAUUGAGUAACAAUAACUUCCAAGCGCUGGUAAUGCGGUACAGUAAUGAGGAUGGUUCAAUCUCAUUUGUGGACUUCAUUGUGUGUGCUAUUCGUCUGAAAUCAAUGCUCACUUCAUUUGCUACCUAUGAUACAGGAAAAACUGGAGUCAUCGCUCUCUCUGCCAAUAAUUUCGUCCAGAUGACCAUGUAUUCCUAAAGGAAAUGCAAUGAAGUAUCCAUCACCAACCAACGUCUAUUACUGUUGCUUAUAUACAUAUAUAUAUACGUAUAUAUAUAUGUAUAACUGUGUCUUUUUUGUCAUGUCUGUUUUGUAGUAAGUUUUUUGAUAAAUCACAAAGAUGUAUUAUUGAAGACCAGCAAACUUCUGUACAUAACAUAUUGCUGGCUUCUCAAUAAACCAUAGCAUCAUAUUUUUCUAUUCUUAAUAUCUCCUCUUCAUACUGUAAUAACACAAGAAUCUCUGCAUUUGAUAAUGUUUCAGAGGUUUGCUUCGUUCGCUACUUCUGAAACUUGGAAUUAAUUAUUGCAUUGCCUGUGAUUUUGAUUUCUCAUCAAUGUGUUUGUCCAUGAUUUAAAAGAAAAAAGGAAAAAAAAUCGAACAAAAAAUAACCCAUGGUUAUGUUAUUCGUUUGUGUGGUAAACAAUUACAACCGUUUUCCAAUGUUAAAAUGAUCUUCGUCUAACACUGUUAUGUUGCCAUCAAUGUAAUAAAACAUGGCGCUUUUAUUUAUGAUAAUUUACCUGUUUGGUGAUGGUACAGUUUUUUGUUUUUUUUCUCAGCAGUUAUGUCCAACUAUUUUUCACUCAUGGAAAAAUCAUCAAAAAAAUAAUUAUUCUAUUGAAUCUUUUCCAUUUUUUUUUUUUUUAGAGAAUUAUUCUUCUUAAUAUCCUGAAUUAUUUUGAUUAUCAUUAUUAUUAUUAUUUUUUAUUAAAAUUAUUAUUAUUAUCAACAAUGUUAAAAAUGAUCACUGCAGAAACUAUGCAAAAAAGCUAGCUGGCCGUUGCCCGCAAAGUGUUCCAGCAAAGACACUUUUGCCAGAGGCCUUUCAGUGCCACAGACUUCUGAAGCACUUUCUCUUUCCUUCUCAAUAAUAAUAUAGUUAGAAUUUAGUUUAGUCAAAUUAUACCUUUUAAAAAGAAAAAAAACCUACUAAAAUAUUUAAAAUUUACACAGUAAUUAUUUUCUCCGUUAAAUUUUUCAUAUAUUUGUAGUUGUUCUCCGAAAUUUAUAUUUUAAAAAUAUUUCUUUAUUGUAAUUGCAUGAUUGCACAUACCUUUAGUAAAAAAAAUAUCCGUCAGAGAAUAUAUCUCUGGAUAUCUCUUCAGCAAUAUCCUUCACUAUAAUCUACUUUUAUUAGAUAUUUUUCCAUAUUAUAUCACCUAGCCUAACCUUAUAUCUAUUAUAUUGUGCUUCUUAUAUUUAACUACUUUACCUUCAAUCUUUGAUGCAAUGAUAAUCUUACUCCACAGUCUUGUCCUAAUUCAAAUUAAGACUUUUUUUUCGCUAACGAAUGAUCUUAAAGAUAUUUACUAAUGUAAAUAGCGAUAUGAGAUAAAGCCAUUUAAAAUACUCUUUUGUUCUCAAAAGACUGUACUAGCAGGGUGCAAGAAUUUAACUGCCCUUUGUCGUCUACAGUUCAAAGACAAAAAAUAAAAUAAAGAUUUGGCUAUAUACCUUUACAUUCUGUGUUCAAAUCCCGCCCGGGUCUACUUUGCCUUUCAUACUUUCGAGGUCAAUAAAAUAAGUAUGAGUGUCGAAUUAAUCGACUGUUCUGUAGAAGGCGGUGUUCCAGCAUGGCCGCAGUCCAAUGACUGAAACCAGUAAGAAAAUAAAGGAAUAACCAAAAUCCUACUCCAUUUCUCUAUUCUGGAGAUAAAUAAUUUUUUUUCUAAUCUACUUCCAUUUCCUCUAUUUCUUGUG